ACGUAUUGAGAAUAUGCUCAGUGCCAGCAGCCAGCGCUGGAGGGGGACAUGAGCCUUUAAAACAUCUCGAGCCCUCUCAAACUUCCUUACAGGCGGUGCUCUUUCAGACCGGGUUUACUUCCUCCAGGCUCCCUCGCUUCUCUCUUCCUUAACUCAUUGUUGGAUUACUUUUCUAGAUCAGUAAACAUGGCAACGCUGAGAGCUCUGAGAAAAUUCUGCCAGCAAUCUAAGCAUCAAGUGUGCAGUCUACAUAUGUCCGCAUCAAGACAGGAAGCUGUGGUCAUCUCAGGCAGGAAGUUGGCCCGUCAGAUCCGGGAGGAGGCCAGAACCGAUGUGGAACAGUGGGUCUCCACUGGCAACAGGAGACCCCACCUGAGCGUGGUCCUUGUAGGAGAUAAUGUAGCCAGUCACUCCUACGUCCUGAAUAAGACCCGGGCUGCAGCUGAUGUUGGUAUCAGCAGUGAGACCAUCCUGAAGCCCUCCUGUAUCUCUGAGGAUGAACUCAUGGACCUGAUCUACAAACUCAACACAGACCACCGGGUGGAUGGCCUGCUGGUGCAGCUGCCUCUGCCAGAACACAUUGACGAGCGGCGCAUCUGUAAUGCUGUGUCCCCCGACAAGGAUGUGGACGGCUUCCAUGUGGUCAAUGUGGGCCGCAUGUGCCUGGACCAGUCCACCAUGCUGCCCGCCACUCCCUGGGGAGUCUGGGAAAUCAUCAAACGCACAGGAAUUCCUACCCUUGGAAAGAAUGUUGUGGUAGCGGGACGCUCCAAGAAUGUGGGCAUGCCCAUUGCCAUGUUGCUGCACUCGGAUGGACGCCAUGAGAGGCCAGGGGGUGAUGCCACGGUCACUAUCUCUCACCGUUACACACCAAAGGAACAGCUCCGUCAGCACACAAGAAUUGCAGACAUUGUUGUUGCUGCUGCAGGGAUUCCAAACCUCAUCACUGCAGACAUGAUCAAAGAAGGAGCAGUCGUUAUUGAUGUUGGAAUAAACAGAGUGCAUGACCAUGUGACUGGCAAGGACAGACUUGUAGGGGAUGUGGAUUUUGAAGGUGUGAGACAAAAGGCUAGCUUCAUUACCCCAGUGCCUGGAGGAGUAGGACCCAUGACAGUGGCCAUGCUUAUGAAGAACACAAUCAAGGCAGCUAAGAACCUCCUGCUGACUCCCGCUGAGAGGAUCCGCAUGGUAGCCUCUUCAUAACAGGCCAUACCUGACUUCAUCAAGUGACACAUUCCAUCCCACCAUCCCUUCCCUUUUUACUCUGAGUAACUCGGCGAACUCCACUGCACACCGACACAGAUCGAAAAAUGAUUGCUUUAGGAUUCUCAACUUGCUCUGGUACCUUCCACUUUCAUAAUCUCCACCCGCCAUUUCAGACUAAUACAACAACUCAGCCAUUCAGCUACUAUAUACGCCUUGCAAAAGUAUUCAUCCCCCUUGGGUUUUUUCCUAUUUUGUUGCAUUACAACCUGUAAUUUAAAUAGAUUUUUAUUUGGAUUUCAUGUAAUGGACAUACACAAAAUAGUCCAAAUAUGGUAAA